GUUUUUACAGAGGUCUGGGACGUUGAUUGUUUCAGAGUUUCUGAAAGUUUAUGGGAAAACUCCAGGAGUCCAAGGGAACGAUGGCAGACCACAGAGCAGAAGACUUGCUAGACAUUCUUCGGCUGAAUGUGGGUGGCUGCAUUUACACAGCCCGGCGAGAAUCUCUGUGCCGCUUUAAGGACUCUAUGCUGGCAUCCAUGUUUAGUGGGCGUUUCCCUCUAAAAACAGAUGAAUCCGGGGCGUGUAUUAUUGACCGUGAUGGACAGCUAUUUAAAUACAUUUUGGAUUAUCUCCAUGGAGAAGUUCAGAUCCCCUCGGAUGAGCAGACCCGAACCGCCUUGCAGGAAGAAGCCGAUUAUUUUGGCAUCCCUUAUCCUUACAGCUUGUCUGACCACUUGGCCAAUGAAAUGGAGACAUAUUCUUUAAGGUCAAAUAUAGAACUUAAAAAGGCUUUAACAGACUUCUGUGACUCAUAUGGUUUGGUUUGCAAUAAACCAACAGUUUGGGUCCUCCACUACCUGAACACAUCUGGUGCAAGCUGUGAGAGUAGAAUUAUUGGUGUCUAUGCUACAAAAGCUGAUGGGACAGAUGCCAUUGACAAGCAGCUGGGGGGAAGGAUUCACAGCAAAAGUAUCUUCAAAAGAGAGGCAGGAAAUAAUGUUCAGUACAUUUGGAGCUAUUACUCAGUGGCCGAGUUGAAGAAAAUGAUGGAUGCCUUUGAUGCCUGGGAAGGAAAAGGUGUAAGCUACUGGCGUGUGCCGCAUGAGCUGAUAGAGUGUUGGACCCUGGAAGAACGGCCUCUACAUGGAACCCUGCGUCACAUGGCCCCAAUCCGAAAGAGGCGGCUGCUAACUCUCAGUGAAGAGGACGAAGGUGUGAACUGUAGGGCUGGCCCUAAGCCCGUCAGAUUUUUGGGCCCUUCUACAAGCACCCAAAUUAAAGUCAAGAACUCAGCUUCUGUGAGAGCAUCACCUGUCAAUGCUGCCCAGAUCUCCUCUCAGGCUACUGCAAACCGGUCUCAAAGAGGCAGCUAUGGGAAGGCAGCCCAGUGCUCUGUGGCCACAGGGGCAUCUGGGCAUGCUCCUGCUUCCCCUCAUGCCCAGAAUGCUGAGAACCAAGCCACACAGCCACCGCCAGCCAAGGUGCUCCUCUCUGACAAGAAGUCUCCGUCCAACCGAGUGAUCAAGCUGAGGAGGACUCCACUGUGUAUGGGGCCUUCCCUGCCCACCCCUUCAGCAGGGAGCCAGGCCGGCUCCCCUCAGAAGCCUUCUCUAGAGGUUUCCAUCACUUCAGGUGUGCGGACUGAGACCAGGGAGGACCAGCCUGAUGGAUAAAGUGGACUGGAAACUGCCUGUCUGUCCUGCAGCUUCCAGUGCACUGAUUCCGACAAGUGAGCUCUGUUCUUGCCGGCAGAAGGGAGAACCCAUGUGGAGGUUUAGGAUGAUUACAGGAAAAGUGAGUUCUGUGGUGCGGGAGUAGAGCAGGAGGCUUGGUGGUACGGUUAUUAUUUACUUUGUGUUUUCCUAAGGUUGUCUAUAUGCAGUUUUUCAUUUCAAACUUUAUUUAAAUGGUUAAUUGAUAUCAAGGUGACCAAGCAGUAAUCCCUAGAGACAUCUCUUUUUUUGCAGUAAUAUUAGAGUCACCUGGCCCUUUUGUAAUGUUACUCCUGUAGUCCAGGGGUAGGAGUGAGGCCUGGCAUAGGUUCCUGUCAGAUGAAGGGUGGGGGGGGCAGUUGUGGCCACACUGUAUGGUGGCCUGGAGAGUCUCAGAGGGAAUGUCAGCAUCCACAAGCUGCUCAUAGUUGCUUAUUCUCCAAAGACAACAUGAAAAGGAACAGUGGGAAAGGGAAAGAAUAUAAGUAAAGACCAGACUUGGACUCUCACUUGAUUGGACAUUUCUUUCCUAGAUUGGCUCCUCACUUAGAUCCAUUAGCUGAUGUGUCUUCACACACCACAGAGGGUGUGUGAUGGGCGUGCACGUGCUAAGAGCUGUAGAAUGCAUUUUGGAAUGGUUUUGGAAUGGUUCAAAUUGGUGUUUUAAUUGAAUAGUGAAGUUUUGAAGUACUUUCAAAGAGAGAAGUUAAAUAAGUUUAACUUUUUUUUUUAACUCAAGUUAAUUUGUUCUUAGAAGUGACCAUUGAAGAGUCCUUCUGAUUAUACACUAGGUUUUAUGCAUACAAUUUCCACAUAACUUGAAUUUCAUAUUUUUAAACAAAAUAUUUUGAUUAAUCCUCUAUUUUUUCAUGACCAUUGAAUUGUAUGUGCUUACUCUUACAUGUUAUGUUUGGUAACUGGAUCAUCCAUUUCUACUUUUCAUGAGCACUGGGCUUCAGUGUUUUAAAGAUGGUUCAUUCAGCUGUGUGCUCCUUACUCGGAUUCUGGACAUGCACUUGCAUGAGUGAGACAGGUAUAUUCGUGGUGUUUCC